AUUUCCCGGUACGGAAAACGUGAAAUAUAUCACAGCUGCAAAAAGCUGACCCGAGUUCCACGGUGGAAAAUUGCAAGUCUUAUCAGAAAAAGCUGGCGAGCUCUAACCAUCAUGUAUUCUUAUCAGAACGAAUUUCAAGGCAUUGAAAAGAAAAAUGAUUUGUCGCUGCACGCACGUGCAGUCUUGCACGCCUUUCUGUCCGGUUUCAAAUUCUCUAAGGAUAAAUUUCGAGUCGACGCGGAAGAAGUUGGAGAUGUCUCCGUGAGGAAGUUUGAUGGGCAUCUUGAUUUAUAUGAUAAAGGUGACGUCGAUUAAACUUCACUUAAUUUAAUCAAUUCAAUCGGCGGAAUGCUUUUGACCGUAUAAUUCGUUGUUCUCAAUAAAUUGGAACAAUAAUCGGCCUUAAAAAAUAUCAUUUAAUAAGUUAACCACUAAUUAAGUUAAUCAGAAUUUAUAAUC